GUUUCAGAAAAUGGCUACUGCAGGAGCAGCUGAUCUCGCACGUGUCUAUAAACGUGAACCGGCACAAAGGGUGUUCGUCAAUCGAUCUCUACGAAUGGAGAAAAUAAAUUUCUUCGGUUUUGACAUGGACUACACACUUAUUCAGUAUAAAUCGCCGGAUACUGAAAUCCUAGCAUUUGAUAUGUCUGUACAGCGACUUAUAGAUAUAGGAUAUCCAGAAGAAAUUCGUAAAUUCAAAUACGAUCCUAUUUUCCCAGUUCGAGGAUUGUGGUUCGACUACACAUAUGGGAACAUCUUAAAAGUAGAUGGAUUUGGCAACAUCCUUGUGGGCAUGCAUGGUUUCAAAUUUCUUAAAACAUCCGAAAUUGAGGAGAUGUAUCCGAACAAAUAUCUUCCGCUAACCGAAUCACGAGUGUUUGUGUUGAAUACGUUGUUCAAUCUUCCUGAAACACAUUUGCUUGCCUACCUCAUCGACUUUUUUGACUCUCAUCCAGACUACACACCGCUUGAGGAUAAGACUGGUGUGCGGGGUGGGGAUGUGCUGAUGUCGUACAAAUCCAUAUUUCUUGACUGUCGCACUGCUGUCGACUAUGUUCACUUAGAGAGUAACAUGAAGGACAUUAUUAUGCAAAAUAUGGAGAAAUAUGUGGUCCAAGAUGACCGAGCUACUGUUUUGCUCAAACAAUUACGCGAGAAUGGACGUCAGACAUUUUUACUAACCAAUAGUGACUAUAGAUAUACGGAUAAAAUGAUGUCUUUCAUCCUUGGUCGCGACUGGCGAUCAUAUUUCAAUAUUUGUGUAGUAGAUGCCAAAAAACCCAAAUGGUUUGCUGAGGGUACCGUAUUCCGUGAGGUGGAUACCAAAACUGGAGCGCUUAAAAUAGGGGUUCAUACGGGUCCACUAAAGGAAGGGGUUGUCUACUCAGGAGGUUCGAGUGAUGCAUUCCACAAAAUCGUAAAAGCUCGAGGGAAAGAUGUAUUAUACAUUGGUGACCACAUCUUUGGUGACGUCUUGAGGUCAAAGAAAUCUCGUGGCUGGAGAACGUUCCUUGUUGUUCCCGAACUCGAUCAUGAACUUACAGUGUGGACAGAUCGUCGGCCACUGUUUGAGCAGCUGAAUCAACUUGACAAUACCCUUGCCGAUAUUUACAAACAUUUAGACGCAACAUCAAGGAACAAACCACAAAUUCACACUGUCCUUCAACAAGUCAAGAAUCUUGCUCAUGAAAUGGACCAAGAAUACGGAGUGUUAGGAUCACUAUUUCGUGCUGGAUCUAGGACAACAUUCUUUGCCUCCCAAGUGGAGAGGUAUGCUGAUCUCUACGCAUCAUCCUGCUACAAUCUCGUCCAUUAUCCGUCAUUCUACUUUUUCCGCGCUGCGAUGCAACUAAUGCCUCAUGAAAGCACCGUCGAUCAUGCUUCUGUAUUGAAGAGCUCCAAGGCGGACAUGCUGAAACGACAAGAAAGCGUUGGACAGCAAGUCCGUGGAUGGACCAAGAAAACAGCAAAUGAAAACGAGUUUUGUCACGAAGAGGAAGAGGACGAACAGUCAAUCAGCGACGGCGAACCCGGUGCUCGCCUUCGCUCGAAAUCUCUCAGCGACGAUACGGCUGAAGAUGAAGUCGCGGAUACGGACGUGGUUGGAGUACCGCCAGCGUUUGUUGAUGAGACAAAAUAAGCAACUUUCAGAGAAAUUCUUAUGAAUAAUAACAAAGCGACACUGCUUACGCCUUAUUCCCAUUAAUUUCUACUGGUUUACUUGUUCUCACUUUCAUUAAUGCGGUAACUAUUGCUGUUAUAUGACGGAGACAUUUUUAUAGUCUGAGUACAUGACGUGAUGCUUGUGAUUUCACUUAAUUUGACAUUUUCUAGGUGAAUUAGGUCUUGAUAAGUUUGGCGUCCAGCCAAUCUAGGUCAUCACGAAAGAACUCGUAAAGAUCUUUGGCGUCGAAUAUCGACUGCAGUUGCCUCUUUGCUAAUGCUUUACAUAUUUUUUGUUAUUGUUUACUUUGCUUAGGCACUUCAAGCAUUUAUAGCAUUACGCUAGUGAACAUUUGUCUGUUGCAUUCAUCCUUUUCAUGCAUUCAUCUGAUACCAUUCCAUCUCUGUAAUAUGUUCUAAUAAAUUCUCAUCUAAUUAUUCGACAUAGUCUGAUAAAUGUUGC